CAUUUAGAUUACUCCCUACAUUUCGCUCUCCCUCUUCGCUCGUUUUCUGCGGAGGAUUCAAGCGUUCUUUGAGCGAAUCCACCGUCUCGUGCGCGCUCUCUCAGCUGGGUCUCUUAACAUUCAUUUUGAUUUUUGUUUGGGUUAUUUAGGAGGCGGCCAGGUCAUCAUGGUUGAGAGCGUAGAGAGCGGGGCGGUGGAGGUCUUCGAUCCGAUUGCUGUGGUGGCGGAGCCGUUGCCAGCGAACGGCGAGAUGGGGCGAGCGAAAGAGAAAGCUAACGUCAGGGAGAUCGUGCUGGGGCGAAAUGUACACACAAUGUGCUUGCCCAUCACGGAGCCCGACGCCAACGACGAGUGCACCGGCGAUAAGGAGGCAUACAUGGCUAGCGUGUUGGCUCGCUACAGAAAGACCCUCAUUGAACGGACUAAACACCAUUUAGGUUAUCCUUAUAAUCUGGACUUCGAUUAUGGUGAUCUGGCGCAAUUGCAGCAUUUCUCCAUUAACAAUCUCGGUGAUCCUUUUAUUGAGAGCAACUAUGGUGUCCAUUCAAGGCCGUUUGAAGUUGGCGUUUUAGAUUGGUUUGCUCGUCUCUGGGAAAUAGAGAAGAACGAAUAUUGGGGAUACAUCACAAAUUGUGGUACAGAAGGCAAUCUUCAUGGGGUUUUAGUUGGGAGGGAAGUGUUCCCGGAUGGGAUUUUGUACGCGUCCCGUGACUCCCAUUAUUCUAUUUUUAAAGCAGCCCGAAUGUAUAGAAUGGAGUGUGUUAAGGUUGGCACUUUGGUUUCUGGUGAGAUUGAUUGUGCAGAUUUUAAAGUUAAGCUACUUGCAAACAAAGACAAACCUGCCAUCAUCAAUGUUAAUAUAGGGACAACCGUCAAAGGUGCUGUUGAUGACCUUGAUCUUGUAAUACAAACUUUGGAAGAAUGUGGAUUCACACAUGACCGGUUCUACAUUCAUUGUGAUGGAGCUUUAUUUGGACUUAUGAUGCCUUUUGUCAAACGAGCACCAAAGGUUACUUUUAAGAAGCCCAUAGGCAGUGUGAGUGUUUCUGGCCAUAAGCUUGUUGGAUGUCCAAUGCCUUGCGGUGUUCAGAUAACAAGGCUGGAGCACAUCAAUGCGCUGUCAAGAAAUGUUGAGUAUAUUGCUUCAAGGGAUGCCACAAUAAUGGGAAGCCGGAAUGGUCAUGCUCCUAUCUUCCUGUGGUACACCCUCAACAGAAAAGGCUACAAAGGGUUCCAGAAAGAAGUACAGAAAUGCCUUAGAAAUGCUCACUAUUUGAAAGCUUGCCUAUUUGCUGCUGGUAUUAGUGCCAUGCUAAAUGAGCUCAGCAGCACAGUUGUGUUUGAGCGACCUUUGGAUGAGGAGUUCAUUCGCAGGUGGCAGUUAGCUUGCCAAGGAAAUAUUGCACAUGUGGUGGUGAUGCCAAAUGUCACCAUUGAGAAGCUGGAUGAUUUCUUGAAGGAAUUAGUGGAAAAACGUUCAACUUGGUAUCCGGGUGGAAAAGUCCAGCCUCCUUGUAUUGCAACAGAGAUAGGGAGUGAGAAUUGUCUUUGCACUCUGCAUAAGUCAGUCAGUAGGGAGUGAGAGAAUUUGUCUUUGUACUCUGCAUAAGUCAGUCACUAGGGAGUGAGAAUUCUCUUUGUACUCUGCAUAAUUGAGUUAUUGUUUUAUUCAGAUCUUUCCUUUCUGCUGUUGUUGUCUGUAACCAAAGGCUUGAUUCAAGUCUUUGCUUUCCCUCUCCCUUGUCCCUGAAAAAAAAAAAAAAAAGGAUU